UUUUAAUUAUUUGAGAACAAACAGUUUAUCUCUAUGGAAAUAUUCCUUAUCCCUCCAACACUCACUACCUCACUCACUGAAACAAUGUCUCUUCUCCAUUGCAAGCACCUUCCUUUCUCUCUAACCCCUCUAAACAAUAAUCCCAAUUUCCCCUAUUCAACUACAAGUUUCCACUAUCCCUCUCCUCGAACACUCCAAGUCCUCUGCGCCGCAAAGAGAACCGGGAAGCAGAGGUACCCAUCAGAGAAGAAGAAGCUUAAAUUAAAGCAUAAAGAAAGACUUGUCGAUGUCAAGAACAAGUUUGAAGGUAUGUGGCGGCUCUCUAAGCUCUCUGUUUCGGUGCAAAACGACCCUGGUAAAGACUUUCUUGGUAUCUCUGAUGGGCUGCUUCAAGCAAUUGCUAAAGCUAUUGAAUUCCCGGUUGCUUCUAUGCUUCCAGCAGAAGCAUUUACCGUGGUUAGGAAAUCUUUUGAUGCCAGGAAGAUAUUGAAGGAACCCAAAUUUGUUUAUACCGUGGAUAUGGAUGCUAGUAAACUUAUUAAUCUAGAGCCUCGUACUCGGGAAUUCGUUUCUGAUUUAAAACCUAAAGUUGGAUUUGUAGAAUAUACACCCCAAGAAAGAGUUUCAGGUGAUUUGCGCAGUAUAAUAAAUGCUUGUGAAAAGGUCGAGGAUCAAAAGCCACCAAGGGAAUGUCGACAUAGUGUUUCCUCUGACUCUGCGGACAUGCACAGGUACCGAGCAAUCAGAAAGCCAAAGAUUGCUGUUGUAGGGAGUGGUCCAUCUGGGUUGUUUGCUUCUCUUGUUCUUGCAGAAUUGGGUGCAGAUGUUACCUUAAUAGAAAGAGGUCAACCAGUUGAACAAAGAGGGCGCGACAUUGGCGCUUUAAUGGUUCGGCGGAUCUUAGAACUGGAAAGCAAUUUUUGCUUUGGGGAGGGCGGUGCAGGUACUUGGAGUGAUGGAAAGCUAGUAACUAGAAUUGGAAGGAACAGCAACAGUGUUAUGGCUGUUAUGAAAACUUUAGUUCACUUUGGAGCCCCAGAAAAUAUUUUGAUUAAUGGAAAGCCUCAUCUGGGAACAGAUAAGUUAAUUCCAUUGCUUCAAAACUUUAGGCGACAUCUAGAAAGGUUGGGUGUUUCAAUUAAGUUUGGCACAAGACUAGAUGAUUUAAUGAUAGAGAAUGGGCAUGUUGUGGGGAUUAAAGUUUCUGAUUCAAAAGACAGAUUGCAGCAUGAUGUCCUGAUGUUGGGUUUUGAUGCAGUAGUUCUGGCAGUGGGGCAUUCUGCACGUGACAUUUAUCAAAUGCUUCUUUCUCAUAAUAUUCACAUCGUCCCAAAAGAUUUCGCUGUUGGUUUGCGCAUUGAACACCCCCAAGAACUAAUAAACAGCAUACAGUAUUCUGGUUUAGCCUCUGAGGUUUGUAGGGGGCGGGGUAAAGUGCCUGUAGCAGAUUACAAGAUUGCUAGUUAUGUUGGUGGAGAACAUAUGGACAUGUCUUUGAACUCAGGGCCUGAAAGUCGUAGUUGCUAUUCGUUCUGCAUGUGUCCUGGGGGACAGGUUGUUCUUACUAGCACAAAUCCAUUGGAACUCUGCAUCAACGGUAUGUCAUUUUCUCGCCGUGCUUCUAAGUGGGCAAAUGCUGCACUUGUUGUCACUGUCUCGGCACAGGAUUUUGAGGCAUUAAAUUUGCAUGGGCCUCUUGCAGGGAUUGAAUUCCAGAAGGAAUUUGAGCAGAGAGCAGCUGUAAUGGGAGGUGGAGAUUUUGUGGUGCCUGCACAGACAGUUACUGAUUUUCUGGAAAACAAGUUAUCAGUUACAUCUUUGCCACCAUCGAGCUAUCGGUUGGGAGUAACAGCAGCCAAUCUCCAUGAAUUGUUUCCUGUUCACAUUACAGAUGCUCUGCAGCGUUCAAUCCUGAUGUUUGAGAAAGAGUUACCAGGAUUUUUGUCCGAGAAGGCCCUUCUUCAUGGGGUAGAGACUAGAACCAGCUCUCCUGUUCAAAUUCCUCGGAACAGUGACACUUAUGAGAGUAUGUCCUUGAGAGGGCUCUAUCCAAUUGGUGAAGGAGCAGGUUACGCUGGCGGCAUUGUGAGUGCAGCAGUUGAUGGCAUGCAGGCAGGAUUUGCUGUGGCAAAGAACUUCGAUCUCAUCCAGAACAUGGAGUUGGUUUUGGGGAAGGCUCAGGGUGUUGGAUCUGUGAAGUACUAAAACAGUUUGGUUAAUUACUGUCAUGCGUGGAUACAUAGCUUGACUGCACAAUUUCUGAACCUAAGUGAUGAGGACCAAAUGACAUGAGCUUGAAAUUCUUGUCCAUACUGCAAAACAUGGUCAGUAUACAACACCUAUGCUUGCUAGAAAAUUCAACAUGUCCAUACUGAUGGUUGAUAUCUAAUAUCAUUUUCCUAUGGGCAAGUUGAUACUUAUUGCUAACUGCUGACCGUGGAAGGGCAACUGCAUGGCUGUUUAACGCAAUGCAGAUUUUGUAUUUACCAGAGGCAUAUAGAAGCUUGAGGGCAGCUUUUCGAUGUCUGCCAGCUCAAAGAUGCCGCUCUCUGUUUUACUAGUCAUUGGAAUUGGUGAACUUGUUUCUGCCAUCAUCCCUCAAGUGGGUCUUAGGAAUAACCACUAUAUAACAGAUAGAAGUUGUUCAGAAGGUUGUUUAUUCAACUCAGAUUCAGAACAACAGUCCAGUUGACUUCAAGGUGAAGCUCUUGUAAUUCAGGAAGUAGUGGCAGAUUUGGACCUUACUUGAAGACCAUUAAAUCUUGUCUAAAAUAAAUUAAUUUUAUCACCUGGAUAUUCUGUUCCUUGAAAGGUUUGUUUCAGAAGGGUGUCUAGCAAUCUAACAUUUUUCUUUCUGUACAGUAGGUCUAUUCUGGUUGGACUGAAAACAGACCGAAUAGUUUUUCUCUCAGAAGACACUGAAGUAAAAAUAGAAAUAGGCUUGCUUCUGUAAAUGGCAGCAUAGCCUUCUUAGUGAUUCAUGUCAA